GGGGAAUUUAAAAAGACCGUUGUAAGCAUUGCUUUUGUAUGCGAUUUCCCUUAUUGAGCAUAUGCAAAAACAUGGGCGGUAUUUUGGCACUGUGAAAGAAAAUUGACAAGAGUGAAAGCACGUACAAUAAAAAAGGAAGAUGAAGCAGCCGUUUCAACUGCAGUAUGCUUUCAAAGCGCUACUCUCAUUAUCUGUGGCUCAGCCCCAAGCUGCUUGUGUAUCUCCCGAGCCUGCAGCUCAUCAAGCGAUUCAGCACAACUUGGUCGGAGGUGAUUGACAUUUAGAAUUACCAAUGACCGCGGCGCUCCUCCCUCCAAGGCAGCGUUCCAAUACAAGAAGGCCAAUCGAUCGACUUGUGGGCGGAAAGCAAGUGUAACUCACACCCCCUCUGGGCUUAUUGAGAGUUAUAUCAAGAAAUUCGGCUCAGAGAGAGAGUGAGCAAGGAAGAGAGGGCAUAUCCUAAGCGGGAGAGUUAUAUUAUCAAAUUAUAUUGAUAUGGCACCUGUUACAACAGCAAAGGCAGAUGUCUGCUGAGAUACUCGGGAUGUCAUAAAGCAGAACACUGCAUGAUUCUAUUAAACAAGCGAGACACUAGCAGCAUAGAAAAGAGCAUCUUAGACCUGGACCACUGUGAACUGACGCGGUCCUUCUGCAACAGAAAAAUUCGAGCAAUUGACUUCUGUUUGGAGUGAAUGGCACUAAAGCACACUGCAUAUUACUUUGGUUUGCGUGCGGAUGCGGAAUGACUGCAUAUGAAUUCGGGUUGUGUUCAAAUUUUAUUCUUAUUUUUUAACCAAAAGGGAAAAAACAGCAGCAUGAGCUGAUCAUCUGAUUUUGUUUUUUUUUUUCGUAUGUUUUUUUUUUUCCUUUUUCUUUAAGAGUGGAUAUCUGCCAGCUGCAGUGCAUGGAUUCAACAGUGAAUUAAAGAUGAACAUGGGAAAGUUAACACCAACAACAAUGUAUUGUAGGAGAAAAGAGCGAGGGAUAUUUUCUGCGCAUCCUUUAACCCCUGUCUGAAGCGAAGUGUUUUUUUUUUUGUUUUUAACACAGAUGGAACAUGCCUAUAAAAAUGCCAGCCGCUUGCACAUGAAAUAAAGGACAUCCAUAAAGUGAUGAUUUAUUAGGAGCAUAAUGUUGGAGUAUUCCGUCAUCAUGGGCUUUCUCUCUCUCGUUUUUUCUUUUCUUAAUUUUAUUUUUUCUUUUGGAGGAAUAAAAAUGAUGUGAUGUAAGGCGUGAGAAACUGCAAUAUUUAGGCAACAGUGUGCCUGUGUGAAACCCGAUGCGUGCCAGCAACAUCUUCGGGGGACAGCAGCGGACUGCUUUGGCAGCUGCUGUCUCACAAUUUGACAUUUUGUGAUCCUGCCUUUCAAGGACAGAAUAUUGUGCAAAUAAUACUUGAACCGAAAAGUGAGUAAGGAUUAAGCGUUUACCAUGGACCUAAAGGAUAUUUACCUGUUGGCUACUUUAGUUGCCUGCUUUUGGCUAGACCCUGCUAUAGCCCAGGAGCUGGUCUAUUCUAUCAAAGAGGAGCUGCCUGAAAAUGCACUAAUUGGAAACAUACCAAAGGAUUUGAACAUUUCUCAUAUUAAUGCAGCCACUGGAACUAGUGCCAAUCUAGUCUACAAGCUCGUUGCCAAAGCUGGGGAUAACACUUUGGUCAGAGUGUCAAGCAGUACAGGGGAACUAUUUACAACUGCUAACAGAAUUGACAGAGAGAGACUUUGUGCUGGCCCCUCUUAUGAAGAAAAUGAAUGCUCUUUCGAGAUUGAGGUUGUCAUCCUCCCUAAUGACUUCUUUAGACUCAUCAAAAUCAAAAUUUUAGUCAAGGACACCAAUGACAAUGCUCCUAUGUUUCCAUACCCAGUCAUCAACAUUUCAAUUCCGGAAAAUACAGUGAUAGACAGCCGGUUCUCCAUUCCAUCAGCCACAGACCCCGAUGUUGGAGUGAACGGUGUACAGCAUUAUGAACUAGUCAACGGCCAGAGUGCCUUUGGUCUCGAUAUUGUUGAGACCCCAGAAGGUGAGAAAUGGCCUCAACUGAUUGUUCAGAAAGAACUGGACAGAGAACAGAAAGACACUUACGUAAUGAAAAUAAAGGUGGAGGAUGGAGGUAGCCCUAAGAAGUCAAGUACUGCAAUCUUACAGGUGACUGUAAGUGAUGUCAAUGAUAACAGACCCCAGUUCAAAGACAACCAAAUUGAAGUUAUUAUACCAGAAAAUGCACCCGUGGGAACAUCUGUAGUGCAACUGCAAGCAACCGAUGCAGAUAUUGGAACCAAUGCCGAAAUCAGAUACAUCUACAGCACCCAAGUUUCCCCAGCUACGAAACGGCUCUUUGCUUUGGAUGGAAACACUGGACUUAUUACUGUCCAGCGACCUUUAGAUAGAGAAGAGACAGCUAUACACAAGGUGACAGUCCUAGCCAGUGAUGGGAUGCCUAGUCCUGCCAGAGCUACUGUAACUAUUAAUGUGACGGAUGUUAAUGACAAUCCUCCAAAUAUUGAUUUGAGGUAUAUUAUCAGUCCAAUUAAUGGAACAGUUUUCCUCUCUGAAAAGGAUCCCAUAAACACGAAAAUUGCCCUGAUUACAGUCUCUGACAAGGACAUCGAUGUGAAUGGUAAAGUAAUUUGUUUUAUUGAAAAAGAUGUUCCUUUCCAUCUAAAGGCAGUAUAUGAUAACCAGUAUUUGUUAGAGACUUCUUCACUUUUGGACUAUGAGGGCACCAAAGAAUACAGCUUUAAAAUUGUCGCUUCUGAUUCUGGUAAGCCCAGCUUAAAUCAGACAGCUUUAGUGAGAGUUAAGCUGGAAGAUGAAAACGACAACCCUCCCAUUUUUAGCCAGCCUGUAAUUGAGCUGUCAGUUCUCGAAAACAAUGUACGUGGUUUGUACCUCACGACUAUAAGUGCUACAGAUGAGGACAGUGGUAAGAAUGCAGAAAUCGUCUACCAGUUGGGACCCAAUGCCUCCUUUUUUGAUUUAGAUCGUAAAACAGGAGUUUUGACAGCCUCUAGAGUUUUUGACAGAGAGGAGCAAGAACGUUUUCUUUUUACAGUCACAGCACGAGAUAAUGGGACUCCUCCACUUCAGAGCCAGGCGGCUGUUAUUGUAACUGUCCAAGAUGAGAAUGACAACAGUCCUAAGUUUACCCAUAAUCACUUUCAGUUUUUUGUAUCAGAGAACUUACCAAAGUACAGCACCGUGGGAGUGAUCACAGUCACAGACUCAGAUGCAGGAGAGAACGCCGCUGUGACUCUUUCCAUUCUGAACGAUAAUGACAACUUUAUAUUAGACCCAUACACUGGAGUUAUAAAGUCCAAUGUUUCAUUUGACAGAGAACAGCAAAGCUCUUAUACAUUCGACGUUAAGGCCAUGGAUGGGGGCCGACCUCCUCGUUCCUCUGCUGCUAAAGUGACCAUAAAUGUCAUAGAUGUCAAUGACAAUAGCCCUGUUGUCAUAUACCCACCCUCAAAUACUUCAUUUAAGUUGGUUCCUCUCUCUGCCAUCCCGGGAUCUGUGGUAGCAGAGGUUUUUGCAGUUGAUGUCGAUACAGGUAUGAACGCUGAGCUCAAAUAUACAAUUGUUAGUGGAAAUAAUAAAGGAUUGUUUAGGAUAGACCCAGUGACUGGUAAUAUUACCCUAGAGGAAAAGCCAACUUCUGUUGAUGUGGGCCUGCAUCGAUUAGUGGUCAACAUAAGCGAUCUUGGUUACCCCAAGUCUUUGCAUACCCUUGUCUUGGUUUUUCUGUAUGUGAAUGACACUGUAGGUAAUGGCACUUACAUAUAUGACUUGAUUCGAAGGACUAUGGAAACUCCCUUGGACAAAACGAUUGGUGACAACAGUGAGACUUACCAGAAUGGAGACUACCUGACAAUCAUGAUUGCUAUUCUAGCAGGUGCAAUGGUUGUUAUAGUAGUUAUCUUUGUCACUGUGCUGGUACGCUGCCGUCACGCUUCAAGAUUUAAAGCUGCACAGAGAAAUAAGCAAGGGGCUGAGUGGAUGUCUCCCAAUCAGGAGAACAAACAGAACAAGAAAAAGAAACGAAAGAAAAGGAAAUCACCUAAGAAUUCUCUGCUGAAUUUUGUUACAAUUGAGGAGUCUAAACCUGAUGACCCUGUGCAUGAGCCAAUUAAUGGAACUAUAAGCCUUCCAGCUGAGCUUGAGGAGCAGGGUAUAGGAAGAUUUGACUGGAGCACAGCACCGACUACAACCUUUAAACCUAACAGCCCUGACCUGGCUAGGCAUUAUAAGUCUGCCUCUCCACAGUCUGCUUUUCAUCUUAAAGCAGACACUCCAGUGUCAGUGAAAAAGCAUCAUGUGAUUCAGGAACUCCCUUUGGACAACACCUUUGUUGGGGGUUGUGACACCCUUUCGAAGCGAUCCUCUACUAGUUCAGACCACUUCAGUGCCUCAGAGUGCAGCUCCCAGGGAGGCUUCAAGACAAAGGGCCCCUUGCACACCAGACAGGGAACAUUAACCCGUGCCAGAACUGAACUGAAUCCUGAAUAUCUGGACCUUCGAUCCCGAGCAGAACUGAAUUCCGAGUAUUGGACCCCGUGCACACCCCUAUCACAGAGGCGUGUUACAUUUCACCUACCCGAUGGCUCCCAGGAAAGCUGCAGUGACAGUGGCCUAGGGGACCAUGAGCCUGUGGGCGGUGGAACGCUGAUCUCACACCCUCUUCCUCUGGUUCAGCCGCAGGACGAAUUCUACGAACAGGCCUCGCCGGACAAGAGGACUGAAGCUGAUGGCAACUCUGAUCCCAACUCUGAUGGCCCACUUGGACCCAGGGGACUAGCUGAAGCCACAGAGAUGUGUACCCAAGAGUGUUUAGUUCUUGGACACUCUGACAACUGUUGGAUGCCUCCUGGGCUAGGAUCCUACCAGCAUCCCAAGUCCCCACUCUCCACCUUUGCCAACCAAAAAGAAUGGGCCAAGGAUAAAUUAGUGAAUGGACAUACAUUGACAAGAAACUGGAAAGAAGAUGGCACCAGGAACCAGUUUGGGGACCGAAAGCAGUUUGGAAGUGCGGAAGGCCAUUUCAACAGUGGCAAUCAUAUGACAGACAUUCCGCUGGCUAACUUGAAAUCAUAUAAACAGGUUUCUGGAACUGAUAGCCCAAAGGAGCACCAGCUAUAAGAAGUCCCCAAGUGAUCAUAUACUGUAGGCAAACGUUGAAAGUCAUGUAGGCUUUUAAUGUUGACUCCUGCUACUGCUGUUCAAUAGAGUUAAUGUACUUAGUAGGCCUGUAGACCAGUGCUUAUAUUCAGCAAGUAUAUACAAUUCUACGUUAUGUUGACACCACCAAUGGUAUUGGAUCCUUGCCUUGAGCAUACAGUAACACCUUACAAAAUACUUGUAAAACUCACUUUCAAGUAUAUGUGAUCUUCAUUUCUGAAGAAGAGAAGGCUAAAGAGUUUUUUUUUUCUUUUUUUUUUAAUAUAGUGGCUAAAUAAUAUAUUCAGAUAUUGAGAUAUUGUGAUGUGAUUGUUGUUGAGCUAUUCUGGGACUAUAUUACUUGACACAGUUGAAGAACAUGGACAUAUAAAAUUGAAAAAAAAUUGUGCUAUUAACACCGUUAGUGGACACUUGUUGAGUCUGUCAUUGUUGAAGUGUUUGUAAAUAGGACAAGUUAAUACUAACCAAUUUUGUGUACCUGUACUACUCACUCAACAGACUAUGACGAUUCAUAUUUUAUAGGCAUUUUUGUUUUACUUUAAAUUACUCAUUUCUUUCUGUAAAAAUAUGCAUUUUGUAGUCUGACACAUUCAUAUUCAUACACUCAGAAAUGCUUGUGAAUAGGUUAACACAAGUUAUUUAAUCUCAGACUUACAGGAAAUACUCUAUAUUUUUCCUGACUGUCAUUGAAACACCACUGUGCUUGGGGAAAUUUUUAAUUUAUUUUUAACUAUUUUUCUACCACUGACAUUAGUAAUGAUAUAUCUUUUUACUAAAUCUUUGCUUUUUUAAUUUCACAAAAAAAACAAAAAAACAACUCAAACAGAGCAUAAGGAGACUGCUGACCCAAGUGCACCUGUGAUUUUACAAGGAGUCAUUCUGUUGUGCAGGGGUUUUUGGAAUUGGCUGUCUUUUAAAAAGGCUUUUAAUGCAAUUCUUAAAAAAAAAAAAAAAAACAUAAUUUGUGUUUCAGCACAAGAGAUUUGAGUGUAAUCAUUGGAUGUUUCACGUGUUGUGCCUUCAUGACAUGAAAACAUGCAUUCUACCUGUUUCGAUGGUUGGGAUGUGGGUCGCACUCUCUUCCAUUCUGCUAAAAAAGAUCCAAACUGUAGAAUGCCUGGCUGGUUUUAGCAUCAUAAAUAGAAAAAUUUCCACAAAAUAUAUUUACCUGAUCUACAAGCACGUGCAGAAAUUUGUGAACCCAAGCAUUUUAAACUAUUUUGUUAAGGCAUGAAAGCCAAUUAAAACAAUGAAAUAGCAUGCAAAAUAGCUUUACAGUUAAAUAUGAUUAUUUUUGUCUCACUUUUUAAGCAUACCUCCUUUGCUUUAUUUGAAGGUUAUGUUGUAGAUUACAGAAUCAUUCAUUUUGUAUAGCACUUCAUG